AUGAGCCGUUUUUUUCUACAAAAUGAGGAGCAGUAUUGUUACCAUCCCAAACUGGCGAAGUACUUUGUGCCACUGACUGACGCUAAAUUUCAAGACUAUCUCAAUGGCCGCAAGAGAUACAUCAAACUUAUGUGCAGAUCUUCAGAGUUCAAUCAAGACAAGACAACACUGAUCGUGACUAACAAUCCCCUUCCUGACCUGAAUUCCAGUCACAGAAAGGACACCCCCAUGAAGUUUUUCUGCAAAGAGCACUUAGGAAGGGGGAUCGAUGCCAGGAGUCAGCUUCAUUUACCCCCACUGAAGACACAACAGAAUCAGCUGACUGGACCAGACACAAGUUUUGCUGAGGGAAAGGUUGGGAAAUCACUGCAGUUCAGGUUUUCCACAGACACUGAUUUUAAGACUGAAGGACAGUUUUCCAAAAGCUAUGCUGAGAGGCGAUUGCUAAAGCUAUACCCCCAUCUCCACUUUCAAGCUUUCCCUAGACUAGAUACAAAGAAAGUGCAAUCCCUUCCAAGAAAGAACAGCAAGCCCACAAGAGAAACAAGCUGCCAGUGGGAACCAUUAACUCUUUCCUCCCUUUUUGAAGCAAAGCCCACUGUCAACGUACCAGGGGAAAACAGCUUCAAGUGUGGGAAAGUCUCGCAGUGGGUAGUAAGCAGUUCUUUUGUAGAUAGUUCCAAAUAA